GGACCUCUCCUAAUUUUUUUUGCUUCCGCCGCCAAUGUACCCGUUUCAGUUCAUGAAUCAUUAUUACACAUCAUGAAAUUGUACAGCCUAAAGAGGGGGUGUUAAUGAAUAAAUAACAAUGUUAAUGAAAAUUAUCCAUUUCCAUUAUCCUUCUGAUCUUUAAUGAAUAAUAAAAUGAUUCUCUAACUCUAUAGCAAUCCCCUUAUGCAAGUCAGUGGUUCUUAUUUAAUGUCAUAAAUGUUAGGGUGACAUGAACUGGGGUCUAGAUUCUGGGAUAUUAUGUCACAUUAAUUUUUGUUUUGGGUGCACCCCCCCCCUCACUUUAAUACUGAUUUUAUUGAAGUAGAAAGUGAUAAAGUGCAUGUAGUGGAAAGUUUGUAAUAUAUAACAAGAGUAACUGGUUUGAAUUAACAGUGGACAUUUAAAAAAAUCCUAAACAUUUCAGAUAUAUAUUUGGAAAAAAUGAAAAAAAAAAUGCAAAUCUGGCCAUGACAUGUUAUUCAAGUAUUAUAAUUAUGCUAUAGAUAAUUAUGUACCCAUAUAACACAUCAUGCAUGUAUUUAAAUCAUUAUUGAUGGGGUUUAAAUUUUACUUGGUCCUGGAAUGUAGAGAAUUCAUGUGCAGAUAGACAUACAAGAGCAGGGGGUAAAGCUGGACUGGCUAUCACUUUAUCAGGGAUUAUCAAAAAGUAAAUAAACAGGCUCAGCUCUGCACUCUGUUGUCUCUCACUCUCUACCUGCACUUGGACUGAUGCAAAAACAGGCAUCUAGACCAUCUACUUGUCACAACUCAAUAUUGCGCUGUCAGCCUCCAAUUAAAGUUCACAUGUGCAUAUAUGCAUGCAAAAUGGAUGCUUUCUCUGACUUUGAUAUGAUUGUUCUUAAAGCCUCAAAGCAAAAUAAAAGAAAUAUAUCGAGGAAAAAAACUCAAUUAAAUAUUAAGAUUGGAGAAAGUUACCCUCCAGAAGGGCAUUGUUCGAUUAAAGAUUCAGAAACAGAAGAGCAAGUGAGGAUUUUCUGUUUUGGUGGAGCUCGUCGUGGAGAGGAUAGCUCAUGGAUCGAAUCAUCAAACAUACUUGAAUUUAUAUUGAAGGUUGAUGAUGAUAAUGCUAUAAUAUCAUCCAUUAUGCCUUGCAAAACCAAGGGUGGGACACUACCCCCAUUACAGUCAGCAGCUGUGAUUGAAUACAACGGGCGUUUCCUUGUAUGGGGAGGACUUGACCUCGCCCAUUAUGAAUGUAGGGAUGACUUGAUCAUAUUAGAAAAAAUGGAAGGGACUUCCCAAGGCCGGGCAACACCCUCAACAACUUUUGAUGUUACGUAUGUACAGACAAGAAAAAAUAUGGUACCAUCAAGAAGAGGGGCCAUCUUGGAUGAACAAACAGGGACAGUACCUCAAGCCAGGACGGGUCACAGCCUCACCCAGCUUGGAAAUACAACAAAUGCAAUAUUGUUUGGCGGUGUAAUAUAUGAAAGACAAGAAAGAGGAUUCACACUUCAAUGGGAGAAGUCCUGUCAAGAUGGUAGGUUUUAUGUUCUUGAUAUGGAGACGCUUUCAUGGAGCCUGAUCAAAGUACCAUCAACUCAAGCAAGAGCAUAUCACUCGGCUAACUGUAUUGAAAAAGAUGGAACAUUGGUUCUAGUGAUUGUGGGUGGACUCACAUUUAAUAAGGGAAGCAGCAUGAUGGCGAAAAACCGAGAACCUAUUCAUGAGGUUCUGGUUUUGACAAUGAACCUUGAUUUUGUCAAUCCAAUCCUACAAACAGUAACAUUAGGAGCUGGAAGUGCCCAGACAUCACCUGUGUAUUUGUCAUAUCAUGCAACAUCAGUAGUAGGUAAUUCAAUAUUAGUGUAUGGUGGAUUUCAACAAGAAAGCAGUGCAGUGAACCAAAACAUUGCUUCAACACGGGUGUAUCAACUUGACAUUGAAAGUCGGCUCUAUUGCCUACUCUCUAAAACUGCUAAACAUGCAAAGCAUUCAGUAUUUGCUACAGCAGGUCAUACUCUGAUCAAUACAAAUAAUGACUUUGUGUGUAUUGGAGGUACCUCGAAACAAAUAUCAAUUUUGUCAGACAGAAACUUUGAAGAAGAUAACUGUGACUUAGCAACAUGCCAUAUUCAGGAUGCAGAAGAUACUGAAAUUGGAUGGAUCCAUUGUGAAGCUCCACGAUGUGGAAAAUGGUUUCAUGAAUUCUGUUUAGGAUUAAAGCGCAUUCCAGCCAAAUAUUACUGUUCGGCAUGCAAAAAAAUAGGUCAUAGAGAUGAAUGACCAAUCCAAAUUACCCACAUAAUUGUUAGAUGAUAAAAGCAGAACUAAAAUCUGAGGAUGUGGCAUGUUAUUAAACACAGUCAUUGGCCAUGAAAUGGUUCAUACAUUGUAUUUUCAUUAUCCACCAUAAAAUAGACUUGCCAUUUGAUUUCAAUAUAUUGCUUUGGAUCGAUAGCUUAUUAGCUUUUACAGCAAGAGAUUUCAUGUUUUGUAAAGGUAUAAGUUCACCCUAAUAAAUAGGAACCAAAUAGAGAACAUCAUCAAAAUUUGUUAUAGGAUAAUCCUAAGGUUAAGAAAUUGGGACAUUUCACCUAGUUAUGUGUAUGGGGUUACUUUUUACAAAAAAAGAGGUGAUGGAGUUACUGAGCGAGGAGAUCAUACAAAAGUCUGCUUUGGCAUAUGAAAUAAAACAAUCACGAAUAGUUUAGGAAAUGCCGUAGAAAUAAAAUCAUAAUAUAUUUUGAAAGGAGAGCUAUUUUGAGAGAUAUGCUUCUUUUAAAACAAUUUAAUUUCUACGGCAUUUUCUAAACUAUUUGUGAU